GUCCUCGUCUUUGUCCUUCUCUUCCUAAGCUGCAUAGGUCCUAUCCCGAGUCUCAAGAAGUUAGAUCGCCGCGAUGGCUGUUCUUAAGAAGAAACUCAACCUCCAACUCUUCCGACUCUCCUGAACCAGCGGGCCACUAAAAAAUGACAGCUUUCCUUACCACGGCCCCAGCAGCAACGCCACGGAGCCUUACGGGUGAAUUAUCGAAACAAUAGGAACUGAUUUGUACGCCUUUACAAGAGCUUUGGAUAUGCGUUGGGCUUCUCAUUUGACCUAGAGUACGUUGACAAGUUUGCGACGUCGUCGCGUGUGCGGUUGUUGAUAGUCAAGAGAUGGCUCGAGGCAGCCAAGUUUUUGCCUAUGAGUCAGAUAAACCUCAAAACUCAUAUACUAUUGAAACCACAAAUGGACUUCUAUAGAAGAGCAAUAGGACUGUGUUGCAGGGACGGAAAGGUGAUGUGGAUAGAAAAGAGAAAAGCACCUGGGGAAGGCCCGCUAGAAAUUGAAAAGAGCUGGUGGUCUCAGCUACAGCCCGGCGGGAACAUGGACUACUCCGUACAUCAGGUACCCAGCUAUAAUUUCUGUUGGCUUCAAGGAGGCCAAGAUUCGACAAUACCCUAAAUGGUGGGCCAGGUUGGAAUAAAUCCAACCUCAAUGUCGUCCCCCUUGCGCGAGUAUUCG